AUGUACAAGACGGCAAAAGGGUUGGACAAGUUUGAGGGGGGACAGACGCCGGAUCUCAAGCUCAACUUUCCGGCGGUCGGUUGGAUCGGCAAGGACGGCAGGUUUGUAACUCUUGGUGCCGUGGGUGUCGUCGGAUUGACGCACAAUUUACCUCGCAAAAAAAGGGAUAGCGAGGGGUUGUAUGGAAACUUCUCCGGGAGACGAGAGCAACGGGAAAAGACGAGGGUCGCACCGAUAUCGCUCUUCACCCUCCUUGGUCCAAAAUUGAAAGAUCCUUCGCUUCUUUCAAAUUUUGAAUAUCGUGGGGAUUCUUCUAGCGUCCAAAAGCAAUGGCCCAUGAACGAUCGUUCAUGGGACGCCCUGCCUCAGCAUCAGCGACCACAGAACCAAACCGUAAAUCGACGAUUACCCAGCAUCCACGGCGACGAAGAAAGGAUCUGUCAAAUUGAUGCGAGAUUCACGUUCGGAAAAAACUCAGGGUUCUUGGCACGAACGGGGCAUCGCGUAUGGGCCUCGAGAAGUGGGGCUGCGUGCGGUGCGGCUCGUGCGGGCGUUGUCAAAGGAGAUGAGGCUUUCGCUACGUACGAUGAAGAGAUCCUCGCAGAACUGACUGCCAUGGCGACCUCGACGGCAUCUCAUCAUAUUCAAACUUUGCAAACCACUCGACACUGCAGGGCUCCAUCCUUCGAGGACAAAAAGGACACUGCUGUUACGAACAGAAAUUUCCACAAUUUGCGAUGCACCAAGCAGAAGCGUCAGGGUCGUGUAACCUUGCAGCCGCGCGCGCGGGAAACUGUGAAAUUAAAACAAUGCCACAAUGGGAGACGGCGGCAGUGGAAACUCAUAUCGAUGGUUGUCAAGUUGUCGAUUACACAGGGCGUCGGCCGACGGUUUUCCCUCGCAUAUUUGGCUGUGACUGCGAAUGUGAUAGCAUCAUGCGCAUGUCAGGAGCUUGCGGUAUUGUUGAUCAUGCAGCAGCUACGACGCGUAGCGCGCGACUUGGAUUUUGUCACCUCUGAAUCUCUGAUCGACAGCGCCCGAGUCACCAACUCCGCUCGGUGCUUGCAGAGUUGCGCCCAGGGCUGGUGUAUACAGAUUAAGUAUUUAACUCCUGAUCAAGUGGUGGUGAUUCGUGAAGCAUCCAAAGGACCCGAACGACGUUGCGACAUCUCGGAGGAUGACUCAAUAAUAAGUCACCCUGAAUCUGAACGUUGGACGAGGAAGAUUGAGGCUGACGGUCAUCACUGA